AUGUGGGUCCCAUUUCUAGUUCUCCUUGCCUGCGCUAAUGCCCUUCCUGUUCCUGAUGGUGCUCAUCAUCCCCUGCCAAUAUCCCAGCCUCAACCUAAUACUGAUAAUGGCUAUCCCCCCUACACUCCUCCUGCCAAUACCUACCAAGUUCCUCAACCUGUGUACCAAGCUCCUACUCCUACAUAUCAGGCUCCUCAACCCGCUUACCAAGCCCCUACUCCUGCUUCUGUACCUUCGCCACUGUCAUCUUACGAAGCUACUCAACAGGGUUAUGGUGCCAUCAAGCCCCCUGUUCCCAUUCAAAUCCACUACGAUUACGCCUUCAAUGCCGUUGGUGUUGCCAAGCCAAAGCCUGAGACCCCUUCCGGAUACGUGGCCCCCCAGGAAACCUACCAGGCUCCUCUAGCUGGAUAUGCCCCAGUUCAGACAGACAAUGUGCCUCAGGAUUACAACGUUCCCGUCCAAGUUUCUUUUGACCAGACUGGCUGGAUUGGAGAGAAUGCCGAAGAACAGGAAGGCGAGGUGGAAGGAUAUGCAACAGUUGAGGGACUCAACCAAGAAUCCAACGUGACUUCUCCGCCCAAGUACCACUUCGUGUACACUGUGGAUGGUCAGUCUAUUGGGGAUGUGAAGGGACAUGAAGAAUCCCGCGAUGGUGAAUUCACCCAAGGCAAAUACUACGUCCUUCAACCAGACGGUAAAACUAGGACGGUGACGUAUCACGCUGAUGACGGGGGAUUCAAGGCAGACGUUGUCUACGUUUAG